AUGAGUGGUAGCCUGCUCUCGUCGGUGCCCAAUUUCCCUUUCGAGUUUCUGCACGCCGAAAUGAUAUGCUAUCAGAAGGAGCGUCAGGCUAAGCUUGACGAAAAACGAAAGGACUGGUUUCAGGAAAUGCGAAGUUACCCUCAGGUUGAUGAAGCUGCUUUGAGUGAUCAACUGCAGUUGCGUCGACAGGGCACUUUAUUAAGUGCAUAUGUUUUACAGGGUAACGCCGAGACACGUUUGGAAGCACUUGGCUAUCGUGUUGGUUUUGUGCUUACCGAAAAAGUUGCUAAAGAUCUACCGAGGUUAAAUUCCGAGCUGGAAAGAAUGAAAUUUUUGUGUAAAGAAUUCUGGACUGCUGCGUUUGGCAAACAGGUUGAUAAUCUGCGUACUAACCAUCAGGUUGCUUCUCAUCGCUUCUGUUUAUUCAAAAUUUCGCGUAAGUUCGCUGAUUCUACCAAUUUUUAUGAAGAAGAGUGUUGAUU